CAAAUAUGGCGGAAAUCAACCGUUCUACGAACGCUGAAGAAGAAAAUGAAGCUGAAACGGUUAUAUCCAUGGUUGAUUAUCUUCAAGAUGAGGAAGACUUACAAGAUGAUGCUACUGCAGUUUUAGGAGAUAAUGACGACAAGAAUUGCUCGUAUCCGUUGGGUUAUCAGUCACGCCAGGCAUUGUAUGCUUGCAUUACCUGCAAAACCAAAGACAAUGCGACAGCCGGAGUAUGUCUUGCCUGUAGCUAUGACUGCCACGAGGGACAUGAGCUCUAUGAACUCUACACCAAAAGAAAUUUCCGCUGUGACUGUGGAAAUAGCAAAUUCCCAGAGCUGACUUGCAAACUUUGCCCAGAGAAGGAUGAAGUAAACCCAGCCAACAGUUAUAACCAGAACUUCAAGGGUGUAUACUGUGUGUGUGCCAGACCCUACCCCGACCCAGAGGAUGAGAUUGAGGAUGAAAUGAUACAGUGCAUAAUUUGUGAAGACUGGUACCAUGGAAGGCACCUGGGUGAGACAAAGCCCCCGAAGAACUACUCCGAGAUGGUGUGUACUGCCUGUAUGAGCAAACACGAGUUCCUCUGGGUCUACCAUGUCCAGUGCAAAGACACCCAGGUUGUAAAUUCAGACAGCAAUGUGGGGUCCGAUGUAGAGGUUGUCCAGUCAAGUACAAGUCAGGAAACCACUAGCUCUAACUCAGAGGUGUCUGGCUCAGCUAGUAAUGGUGUGUCCUCAUCGGCAAGUACCAAUAGUCUCUCUACAUCGGCAAGUACACAGAGCAAUGGCCUUUCAAGCUCUGCAAGUGUACAGAGCAGUGGGAGCAGCACAGACUUGCCAAGUAGUGAGAGGUCCAUCUCUCAGCAGACCUCCUCAGCUGUUGGAGAAAAUGACCAACAGGCCAGAACAAGUGGCACACAGGAAGGCAGUGGGUGUAAGCUUAAGGAACUGCAGACAAGAGAAGUUUCCAUUGGCAACAGUGCCAUAUUCUGGCCGGACAACUUCCGCUCUAAACUCUGCAAGUGUGAACAGUGCAAGGCAAUGUACAGGAGCCAGGGUCUUGAGUUUCUACCUGAUGAAAGUGACACAGUGUUGGCUUAUGAGAAACGGGGGGCCGCACGAGAGGGGAUGUCCUCACAACAUGACAGAGAGCAACAAGUUCUCAACUCAAUGAAUAGGGUCCAGCAGAUAGAGAUGGUCCAAGGGUUUAAUGACAUGAAGUCAGCGCUGAGUGAUUACCUGAAGCAUUUCGCGGAGAACGGGAAGGUUGUCCGUGCAGAGGACAUACGCGAGUUUUUCACCCAGAUGGAGCAACGAAAACGUCAGAAGACUGACCAUGCCCCAGCACAUUUCUGUAGAUAGAUACAUCUCCAUGAGAAUUGUCUGUUCUAGUUCCGCCAAUAUACUUUGGCGAAAUAAAAUGGUUAAUGUUAUAAUUAGAAUUUGAAACCGAAAUGGUUUUAUUCCAAAUGUUUUUAAAUGUUGAGUGUUUAAAGAGUUUUGUUCAAUAGGAAAUAUUGUUGUGCCAGGGGCCAAGGUUGUACAUACAUGUUUGAACAAAGAUUUUAAAAUAGUUUUGAAAAGGCUGCUGGUGCAUGCCUGACAAUUGUGAUACGUUUUUAUAUCAUUUGGUGUUUGAACAAAUUUUCAACAAAAUAUUUUUUCAUUACACUUAACAGUUCAAGUUUUAUUGUUUUAAAUGUUCGUACAUGUUUCAUUUUCUCAUAUUUCUCCUCAUCUCUUGCAUCAUCAUCAUCGUUGUCGUCGACGUCAUCAUCAUAUUCAUCAUCUUUGGCAUUUUGUGUUCAAUAUCGAACUCCAUGUGUUUUAUAUAUGCAAUUCAUUUGAAUAAAAUUGAUGUUUUUUA